UAGAGUAACGGUACGGGCGUCAUGUGGUGACCCAGUUGUGCGCGAGCUGCCCGCCUGGCCCCAGACCAGUCCGGCUCCGAUACUGUGCGCGAGGCGAGGGAGCUGGAGCAUGUAGCCUACAAUGCGCGCCCUACCCCUAACCUUCUCGUUGUUAGUUUUUGGCUUGAGUGGAGUGCCAAGUAGAGGGUACGAUGCUGGAUAUACAACAUGUUCCAAGCCGUUCCGAUCUUCCAAGAGUAGAAGUGAGAUUCCGUGUGACUUCCGUACCCAAACCUGGUGUACCAUUCCCGGGACAGCAUACCCAUGGAGAGCAGUACGAAGAUUUGUGUAUGAAAACCACGGACUGAUGCGACGCAUGUACGGCGAUGAGAGGCAUAUAUCCGUGCUUAGAUCAGAAAUAGAAUCCAACGACGUUGAGUAUCAAAGUGAUAGUGGAUGGUCGUUCCACGAUUCGAUCCUGAAAAACUACAAGCCUAGACCGGAGUCCGUGCCGAGCUCUACGUCCACCACCACAACUACUGCAGAACCGAGCACCAGGCCAUCGACUCAAGAGCCUGCCACAGAGAGCGCUAACCCGUACACUCUCUCGUCCAGUGAACUGUUCACAACAGACAUCAAUCUGGACACGACGGCAGAGUACGAGUCUACCACCGUCAGCGAGGUCCAAGAGAAGUCUCAACCUGUCCACCAGCCAGAGCUUUUCGAGAAGGAUCACGCCACCACUGAGGAGACGCAAAUGUACAAGCUUCGAGGAGUAAAUGCCUGUCCAGUUAAGGAAGAAGUUGUAGCUCCAUUUUGGGCAAACAACACAAGAGGAGAGGUACUGGCACUUCUGAACUUGUAUCCAUUUGAGCAGUAUGUGCACUGGGAGCGUUGUACGUUCGAAAACAAGCAGAUGUUCUGCCGACAGGGCUGUCGUUGCGAACAGCAAUACAGACUCCACCGCCUCCUUGCCUACGACCCCAGCAAUGACUGCAGAGGUAUAUUCUCUGAUUGGUUCAAAUUCCCGUCAUGCUGUGUCUGCAGAUGUUACGACCUUCCGAGUGAACUGAGACUUACCUCUCGAAGUCCUCGCUUUUCAAAGACUUCUAAACAAGAUUGGGACAGUAUGAACUCAACAACAUAGCGAUACUGCUUUGUAUAGAUAAUUUGUUAAAGUGUUAAACUUUGUGAUACUAAACCAUUGUGUUGUGGUGUAAAAUACAAGUGAGAGGUUUAAUAGGUUAGGAUCUUUAUUGGUUAAUGGUUCAUUUUAAUGGCUAAUAAUCCGUAAACUUGAACUUGUACAAACAACCAAUAAUUUGAAGACUGAUAAUUUUCUAGAAUUUAAGAAGCUUUUGAACAUGAUACUCAAGAGGAUUCAACAACUCAAGCCCUGAACAUAUUUUGGUUCCUGUUUUUACUACACUAGAUUUUACUAAACUUUCAGAAAUUGAUACUAUUCGACUUGGGCUUGAGAAUAGCCACUACUUAAAAUGUAUUUGAAUACUCAAAACUGUUUUGAAAAUUGUACACCAAACAAAA